AUGCGUCAGACUCUCCGCUGUGUGUCUCUCUGUCAUCCUGGAGUUCAUGCUUUCCUCCUCAUUAUUCCUGACGCUCCACUAACUGAUGAAGACAAAGCUGAAACGGAGAAGAUCCAGAGGAUCUUCAGCUCCAGAAUCAACAAACACAUCAUGAUCCUCAUAAAGCAGAGCUCAGAGCAUCAGACAGCAGAACUCAAUGAAGAAACACAGUCUGUCAUUGAGAGGUUCGGAGGACGACAUCAUUUCUUUGGUCCCAAAAUACAAGUGUCCACAUUGAUGGAGAACAUCGAGCAGAUGCUGGAAGAAAACAGAGGAGAGUUUUGCUCCACAGAGACAUUUCUGGAGGCAAAAACUUUUUUUUCAAAAAAGAUGAAAAAUCUGAUGAAAUAUGAAGAGAUGAAGAAGAAAAUCAACUCACUAGAGACACAUUUACUGUCUCAAGGUUCAUCAGAGAGUGAAGAUGAUCUGAGGAUUGUUCUGCUGGGAAAAACUGGAGUGGGGAAAAGUGCAGCUGGAAACACAAUCUUAGGAAGAGAAGCGUUCACAGCAGAGACAUCUCAUGAGUCUGUGACUAAAGAGAGUCAGAGAGAAUCAUCUGAAAUCAACGGGCGACGUGUUUCUGUGAUCGACACUCCAGGACUGUUUGAUACUGAACUUACUAACGAGGAGAUCCAGAGAGAAAUCAGACACUGCAUCUCCAUGAUCCUGCCUGGACCACAUGUGUUCAUCAUUGUGCUCAAUUUAGGACAACGAUUCACUCAAGAAGAGGCAACAGCUGUGAAGAUCAUCCAAGAGACGUUUGGUGAGAAAUCUUUAAUGUUCACCGUGGUGCUCUUCACCAGAGGAGACGAUCUGAAGGACAAAACCAUUGAACAGUUUCUGGGAAAACCAGGAUCUCCUCUGAUGAAGCUGAUUGAAGCGUGUGGAAACAGAUUCCAUGUGUUCAAUAAUAAUCAGACUGGACAGGUGACUGAUCUACUGUAGAAUAUAGACGACAUGCUGAAAGAAAACAGAGGGAGUUCCUACUCAUGCAAGCUGUUCAGAGAGAUGGAGAGAGAAAAACAAGAACAACAAAUGAAGAUCCUGAUGGACAGAGUGAGAGAAAGAGAGGAAGAGAUGAAGAAACAUGAGGAAGAGAAAGAGAGAGUGAAGAUGAUGAUGGAGGAAGAACGACAGAAUCAGGACAAAGAGAGGAAGAGAAGAGAAGAGGAACUGCAAAGAGAAAUAAGAGAACAAGAGAAACAUCAGAGAGAGACACGAGACGAGAUGAGACGAGAACGAGAGACAUUUAGACAAGAGACAGAGGAAAUGAAGAAAGAAAAAGAGAAACUGCAGAUCAAAUAUCAGACAGAAAUAGACAAACUGAUGAACACAAUAGAGAAUGAGAGAAAGAAAAGAGAAGAAGAAUAUAUAGAAAGAGAAGAACGAUAUAAAACACUGAUAAAAGACAAAGGGGAGAAAGAGAGAGAAAUCUGUAAGAUGAAGAGAGAACGAGAGGAACUGGAAAAACAGAAUUUAGAGGAAAAGACAAGCAGAGAAGAAGAGGACAAGAAAAGAAUAGAGAAAGACAAACAGAUUCAGAGACUGCAGAGUGAAAUGGAGGGAAUAAUCAGAGAGAAAGAAAGAAUAGUAAGAGAGAGACGAGAACAACUGGAGGAUUCAGAGAACAGACUGAAAGAAGAAAGAAAGACGAGAGAAGAUCAACAGAAGACUCUUGAAGAGAAACUGAGACUCCUUGAAGAACAGCAUGAAGAAGAACUGAAGAGAAGACGAGUGCAGUGGAGAGAGGAAUAUGAGAGAGAGAAAGAGAAGAUGAAGAAGAUCUGCUCUGAAACUGAUCAUUCACUACAGCAUUCUACGCAUUUUCGGUCCGAGCCUGAUGCAGAGCAGUUCUGCCGAGACGAGGGGUCCCUGCUGCAGUUUCAUCAGAAAAGAAAAUUACUCAUUACAGUUCACUUGGAGGACCACACAAGUCUUGCAGUGGUGCAUGGAGGUAUGUUGGGAGCAUUUCUCUAGAUACUGAUUGAUUUUUGUGGUUUAAAAUCAUAAAUAUGUUUGAAUGU